CGAUGGACAACUAAGAGGGGCAAGCCCCAAUUUUCUAUGAAUUAGGAGAGAGAAGCUCUUGUUUUAGAGAGAGAAGCUCAGUGAAAAAGAGUAGAUUUUUCUUUGAAUAUUAUUUCGAGAACCAGACCCUGAUGAUCCAAAUCCAUCAACCAUAGUCCGCAGUUCAUACCCAAGUAACCCAAUAGGCCAGAGGGCAUAUUCAUAGUCUCAUAGACCAUCCAACACCCCUCGCAACCUCGCAAAUUUUAAACUCCUCAACACCACGAUUUAAAUUCCCCCCUCUCUCUAAAACAACGUUGCAAAGAAAGAAAUAAAAGAAAGAAUUUAGCGGUGUAAAGGCACAAACAAAGCAAACAACUUCGAAAAAUGAUGCAAAGACUCUUCCGAGGAGGAAGCAUCAGCGCCGCCAAAGACAACGGCGAUUCCUCGCCGGAAACUCCUUCACCGCCGUUGCGAUCUCCGGCGUCGGAAUUUCAGUCGCCGUCGUCUUCUUCGCCGGCGCCGGCGGUCACUGGACCAGCUCGCCCAAUUAGAUUCGUGUAUUGCGAUGAAAAAGGAAAGUUUCGAUUAGAUCCAGAAGCUUUAGCGGUGCUUCAGCUUGUUAAAGAACCUAUUGGUGUUGUUUCUGUUUGCGGUCGUGCUCGUCAAGGCAAGAGUUUUAUUCUCAAUCAGCUUCUAGGCAGGAGCAGCGGAUUUCAAGUUGCAUCUACCCAUAAGCCGUGCACCAAAGGGCUUUGGCUAUGGAGCGUUCCGCUAAAGAGGACUGCUUUAGAUGGAACUGAAUAUAACCUAAUUCUCUUGGACAGUGAGGGGAUUGAUGCCUAUGAUCAGACGGGAACAUACAGCACCCAGAUCUUUUCCUUGGCUGUCCUAUUGUCCAGCAUGUUCAUCUACAACCAGAUGGGUGGAAUUGAUGAGGCUGCACUCGAUCGUCUCUCUCUUGUAACUGAAAUGACCAAACAUAUUCGAGUGAGAGCUUCCGGAGGCAAGACAUCAGCUUCUGAGCUAGGACAGUUCUCUCCAAUCUUUGUUUGGCUUUUAAGGGACUUCUAUUUGGACUUGACUGAAGAUAAUAGGAAAAUAACUCCCCGAGAUUAUCUGGAGCUUGCUUUGAGACCUGUACAAGGAGGUGCAAAAGAUGUUUCUGCCAAGAAUGAGAUUCGGGAGUCAAUUCGAGCUCUUUUUCCAGAUAGAGAAUGCUUCACUCUUGUGCGGCCAUUAAACAAUGAAAGUCAACUACAGCGCAUGGACCAAAUCUCAUUAGACAGAUUGAGGCCAGAAUUUAAAUCUGGAUUGGAUGCGUUGACGAGGUUUGUGUUUGAGAGAACUAGGCCAAAGCAAAUGGGAGCAACCACAAUGAAUGGACCAAUGCUAGCUGGUAUUACACAAUCAUUUUUGGAUGCAUUAAAUCAUGGGGCAGUCCCUACCAUUACAUCUUCUUGGCAGAGUGUUGAAGAAUCUGAGUGCAGAAGGGCAUAUGAUUCCGCUACUGAAGAGUAUAUGUCCUCUUUUGACCGUUCUAAGCCAGCUGAGGAAGCAGCACUAAGAGAAGCACAUGAAGUGGCUGUACAGAAGGCCUUGGGUAUCUUUAAUGCUUGUGCUGUGGGGGCUGGUCCAGUUAGGCAGAAAUUUGAGAAGCUACUCCAAGCAUUCUUUAAGAAGGCUUUUGAGGAUUACAAAAGGAAUGCUUAUAUGGAGGCAGAGAUGAAAUGCUUGAAUGCUAUUCAGAAUAUGGAAAAGAGAUUGCGAGCAGCUUGUCAUUCUGCCGAUGCAAAGUUGGAGCAAGUCUUCAAGAUCCUUGAUGACCUUUGUUCAGAAUUUGAAAAGUCAACUUAUGGUCCUGAAAAAUGGCAUAGACUAGCAAAUUUUCUUCUGCAAAGUUUGGAAGGUCCAAUUGCAGACCUUGUCAGGAAGCGAAUUGAUCAGGUCACAUCUGAGAAAAGUUCCUUAAGUUUAAAGUGUCGAUCUAUCGAAGAUAAGAUGAAUAUGCUCAACAAACAGUUGGAAGCAAAUGAGAAGUCAAAAUCUGAGUAUAUGAAGCGUUAUGAGGAUGCUAUAAAUGAAAAGAAGAAGGUUGCUGAUGAGUAUAUGAGUCAUAUAACUUCUUUGCAGAGUAAAUGCAGCUCCUUGGAGGAAAAAUCUUCCGGCCUGUUGAAAUCUCUGGAGUCUGUUAGGCAGGAAUCUUCUGAUUGGAAAAGGAAAUAUGAGCAUGUCCUAUCAAAGAAGAAAGAUGAAGAAGAACAAGCGAGUGCUGAUAGAGAUGUUCUCAAGUCCAGAACUAGUGCUGCAGAAGCAAGAUUGGCUGCUGCUCGUGAACAAGUUCAAUCUUCUCAAGAGGAAGCAGAUGAAUGGAAGAGGAAAUAUGAUAUUGCUGUUCGAGAAGCUAAAGCAGCUCUUGAAAAGGCAGCUGCUGUGCAGGAGCGUGCAGAUAAGACUAGGCAAUCACGGGAAGAUACUAUUAGAAGUGAAUUUUCCAGUAGUCUGGCAAAGAAGGAAGAGGAAAUUAAAAAGCAAGCAGCAAAUAUUGAGCAUGCGGAGCAGCGAUUGGCAACUUUGGGUUUUGAGUUGAAGGCUGCUGGAUCCAAGAUAGCUAGCUAUGAGCUUCAAAUAGCAGGCAUGAGAAGUGACAUAAAGGAGUUGAAUGAGAAGCUGAAUGCUGCAAAUGCUACCGCGCAAUCAUAUGAGAGAGAAGCUAACACACUUGAGCAGGAGAAAAUACAUCUGGAACAGAAAUAUCAGUCUGAGUUCAAGAGGUUUGAUGAGGUGCAAGAAAGAUGUAGAGUUGCUGAAAAAGAAGCUAAAAGAGCUACUGAGGUGGCUGAUAAAGCACGAUUAGAUGCAGCUGCUGCUCAGAAGGAAAAGAAUGAAAUUCAGCGGACUGCUAUGGAAAGAUUGGCCCAUAUUGAGCGGGCUGAGAGGCAAAUUGAUCACUUGGAGAGAGAGAAAAAUGAUCUAGCAAAUGAACUGAAAACACUCCGUACAUCCGAAACGGAUGCCAAUGCUAAAGUAAGACUGCUGGAGGCUCAGGUUGAAGAAAGGCAGAAGGAAAUUGAAUUGCUGAUGAAAUCUAACAGUGAGCAAAGAGCUAGCACUGUUCAAGUACUGGAGAGUCUUCUUGAGACCGAGCGUGUUGCUAGGGGUGAAGCAAAUCGCCGAGCAGAGGCACUGUCUCAUCAGCUGCAGGCUACCCAAGCUAAACUUGACCUGGUCCAGCAAGAGCUGACAUCAGUUCGUUUGAAUGAGUCUGCCCUUGAUGCCAAGCUGAAGUCUGCCUCACAUGGGAAGCGUUCCAGGGUGGAUGAGCAUGAUGUGGCAGUGGACUCUGCGGGGGAUAUGGAUGUUGAUAAAGCAAGGGCAAGCAAAAGAAGAAAAAGUACAAUCAGUCCACUACAGCAAGCAGCCUCAGCAGGUGAUUGUGAUUCUGCUUUUACCGGUGAUGAUGAUGAAAGCAGUCAGCAAAAUGACACGCAAGACUAUAGAAAGUUCACCAUUCAGAAGCUCAAGCAAGAGCUCACUGAACAUAAUUUUGGUGAUGAGGUGUUUAAGCUUCGGGCCCCUGCUAAGAAGAAAGAUUAUAUUGCUUUGUAUGAAAAAUACAUCCUGAACAAGUCCUGAUCAACCGGUUAACGUUGCUAGAUUUGGACAGAAGAUUCAGCUCUAGUUCAAGUUUCUUUUUUGUAGCUGAGCUUAGUCGGGGAGGGCUAGUAAUUCUCUGGAUACAAGGGUUUUGUGCUCAUAUACAUUGCCUCUGACCUGAAAUCAUUCUACCGUUUCAUUUUGGUCUUUCUGGGAGAGUGAGACAGGAAUAUCAGUGGUGAAAUUGCCUGGUUUUGCUGUAACUACUGUAGGUCUAACAUUAAGGAGCAUGAUAAUGUAUAUUCUUUUUAGGGUCAGUUAAUUUCUGCAAGAAACAGUGUUGCCAAAUUAUUUUCAUUGCUUUUCUCUGAAGUGUAGGUCUAACGAUUUGAGGGAGUUGCUCUUUCAGGGCAUUAUGUUAGUUUCAUCCAAAACUGAUAGUAGAUUUGCUGUGUUAUGCGUGUUGAUUUAUGUUAAAAGAUUAAAACUGUAUUCCUUGCUGAUUCAGUGAACGUUCAAUCUGGUAAAGUAUGAUGAUUUAUUUAUAGUUGACAAAAUUAUGUCUUGCUUAA